AUGCAAAGAACGCUCUCACUUGCGGCUGCUAAGUCUUCUCCUUCACCUCUCUCUCUUCUUCCUCUCAUGGCUAAGUUACAGUGCAGGACAAUUCAGAAUUUUCCAGCUUUAUCUUCCUCUUCAAUAGUUAGGAUUGAUAAAGUCUUUAGAAAUGUAUCUCAGUUUCAGUUUAAAAGAGAGAACGCAAAUUGUUUUAAGCUAACUUGCGCAGUUUCUUCGAUUAGUUCUGUUAGUUAUGCUGCGCAUUGGAGCGGUUUAAGUUUAAGGUCUUUUGGAAGUAGUUACAGAACGUUUCCAGGGAGAUGUUUUUCUCAAGUCCCUAAUACUGGAAAUAAAGAUAAGAAGCGGAAGAAGCAUGAGGUUUUGGCUUCCUCUGGAGUUGAAGUUGUGACUUCUACUGAACUGGUUAGUAGUGGCAUCAAGGUGGAGUUAUCAACUGCAGCUUCACCUGUUAGGGAUGGUGAGAAAGUCUCUAGUGUUAAACCAAAACGGCGCACAAAGAGCAAGAAAGUUGAAGAUAAAUCUGCUUCAGCGGUUUUGGUUUUGGAGGAGGUUUCUGUAGAGGAGAGUUUGAAGACUGUUAUCAAGCCGAAACGUUCUGGUUCUGGAAAUAGGAAGUCUUCGUCUGUUAAGAAGGAGGUGGCAAAAGAUCCAACUGUGGAGGAGCCCAAAAGUUCUGCUCCAUCACAUUCCAAGUCAACAGAAGCUAAGCAAGCCUCUCCUGUCAAAACGAAACGGCGGCCAAAGAGUAAGAAAGUUGAUGAUAAAUCUUCUUCAGCAGUAUCAGUUUUGGAGGAGGUCUCUGUUGAAGAGAGUUCAAAAAUUGUUCCCAAGCCAAAAAAAUCUGGUUCUGGAAGUCGGAAGUCUUCAUCUGCUAAGAAGGAGGUGACAAAAGCUCCCAUUGUGGAAGGAACCAAAAGUUCUUCUCCAUCUAAAAAGAAGCAGGUUCCUCAAGCUCAACCCAUGCAAAACGUCAUAGAGCAUCGAGGUCAAAAUGCUUCUAAACCACUUUUUCCGCCAAGUGGAAAGUCUGUUAUUGUCGUUGAGUCAAUCACAAAAGCAAAGGUUAUUCAGGGUUAUCUUGGUGACAUGUAUGAGGUUUUGCCAAGUUAUGGUCAUAUCAGAGACCUGGCCUCAAGGUCUGGUUCAGUGAGGCCAGAUGACGAUUUUAGCAUGGUUUGGGAGGUUCCAUCUUCCGCUUGGACUCAUAUUAAGAGCAUAAAAGUGGCAUUAAAUGGAGCUGAAAAUCUGAUUCUUGCAUCGGAUCCAGAUCGUGAAGGAGAGGCUAUUGCCUGGCACAUCAUUGAGAUGUUGCAGCAGCAAGGUGCUUUACAUGAGAGCAUGACAGUAGCAAGGGUUGUUUUUCAUGAAAUAACCGAGUCAGCCAUAAAAACUGCACUCCAAUCCCCAAGAGAAAUUGAUGGGGACUUGGUACACGCCUAUCUGGCACGGCGUGCUCUUGAUUAUCUAAUCGGGUUUAAUAUUUCACCUCUACUUUGGAGGAAACUUCCGGGUUGUCCAUCUGCUGGGAGAGUCCAGUCUGCUGCUUUAGCUCUUAUAUGUGAUAGAGAAAGUGAAAUUGACGGAUUUAAACCUCAGGAAUACUGGACUGUAGGGAUCAAAGUGCAAGGGAAAGAUAGUUCAUCCACUGUUUCAGCUCACUUGACCAGUUUAAAUUCAGAAAAGUUAAAUCAGCUUUCUAUCAGCUCUGAAGCAGAUGCACAGGAUAUUGAGCAAAGGAUCAGAUCAGAAGGUUUUCUAGUGAAGGGCAUUAAGAAAAGCACUACACGGAGAAAUCCACCAACUCCAUAUAUAACAUCAACCCUCCAACAGGAUGCUGCUAACAAAUUGCAUUUUUCAUCAGCAUAUACUAUGAAGCUUGCACAAAAACUAUAUGAGGGUGUUCAACUGUCUGAUGGUCAAUCAACUGGUCUUAUAACAUACAUGCGGACAGAUGGUUUACAUAUAGCUGAUGAAGCUAUUAAAGAUAUACAGUCCUUGGUGGCAGAAAGGUAUGGGGAGAAGUUUACAUCAGAUGGUCCUCGUAAAUAUUUUAAAAAGGUUAAGAACGCUCAAGAGGCGCAUGAAGCUAUUAGACCUACCAAUAUACGUAGAUUACCCUCAACGAUUGCUAGCCUGCUUGAUGCGGAUUCUCUAAAAUUGUAUACCUUAAUAUGGUCACGAGCUGUGGCAUGUCAGAUGGAGCCUGCUUCUGUUGUUCAGAUACAAAUUGAUAUUGGAAACGCAUCUGAAUCCAUUAUCUUCAGAUCAUCAUGCUCAAAAGUCGAUUUCCUUGGAUACCAGGCAGUUUACGAGGACCCUGAAGCUAAGGCAAUCAAAACCAAAGACGAUGAUAAGAGUAGUGAGCGGGAGGAAACUUUUGAAACGCUCAGUUUGUUGAAGGAUGGGGAUCUGCUACAUAUUGGUGAAGUGGAGCUCAAGCAGCACCAUACUCAGCACCCACCACGCUAUUCCGAAGGGUCACUGAUUAAAAAGCUCGAGGAGCUCGGGAUAGGUAGACCCUCGACAUAUGCAUCUAUUUUUAAAGUUUUACAGGACAGAAAGUACCUAACAGUAAAGAGCCGAGUACUGUAUCCGGAAUUCCGAGGGAGGAUGGUUUCAGCUUUUCUUACCAACUAUUUCACCGAGGUCACAGACUACAGUUUUACUGCUGAUAUGGAGACUGAGCUUGACAACGUUUCUGGUGGCGUUACUAAUUGGAAAGGUCUCCUAAGAGAUUACUGGACACGAUUCAGCGCGUAUUGUAAACGUGUCGAAAGUGUCCAAAUCCAACAGGUGGAGAAAAUGUUGGAAAAAAAAUACGAGGACUUUAUAUUUUCUUCCCUUCCUGAUCCAACCAGGACUUGCCCGAGUUGUUCGGAAGGCACCUUGAUUUUCAAAGUUAGCAAGUUUGGUUCGGGGUAUUUCAUUGGUUGUGAUGGCUACCCUUCGUGCAAAUUCAUUGCCAAAACACUUUAUGGAGAGGAUGAAGAUGAAGAUGAUUCUCCAAGGAAUACCUGCGUAGAAGAGCCCAAAUUGCUGGGUCUUCAUCCCAACACCAAUGAGAAGGUUAUUUUAAAGUGCGGCCCUUAUGGGUAUUAUGUUCAGCUUGGUGAGGACAAAAAAGGUCACUUACCAAAACGAGCAAAUGCAGCUCAUAUAAAGGAUGUGAGUUCUAUUACGCUUGAAGCUGCUCUCGAGUUAUUACGCUAUCCUCUGACACUGGGAACCCACCCUGAAGAUGGGCAGCCUGUGACCUUGAAGCUUAGUAAGUCUGGAUUUACGGUUCGACAUCGCCGCACAAUGGCUACUGUUCCAAAGAACACUGAACCAAGUGAGGUUACUUUAGAGAGAGCAAUGAAACUCUUGUCUGGCAAAAAUGUGAGAUUGUGUGGCAGACCUAAGAGGAUCAAGCCAACAGUAGAUGUGGAAUCAGAAGGAGAUGAAGAAGUUGUGGAAGUGAUGUAAUCUCUAACCCACGACAGAGAAACCUUUGGGCUAUAUACAAUUGGUUCGUGAGUUUAUACGAAUAAGGAGCAUUAGCUUUAUUUGAAAAUUCUUUUUGGUAAGCAGAGUAAUAAACUUAAGAUUGGAUACCAUUGUAGAAUUACAACACAUUUGUUAAUGAUAUGAAACUUUCAUUA